AUGUCAGGCACUACAUCGUGGUCGGCGACCAGAGAGGUGGAGGAGGAGUUAUGGCGUGUUUACCUCAUUGACUUCCUCAUACAGGUACCGUAG